AUGCCGAAGCGGGGUAGGAGGUCAGGAGUGAGCUUCAUUGAGGGUUGUAGAAGCCGUGGUCUCACAUUCUUCAAGCGGCGUUCCGGGCUUUUCAAGGCUGCUUCUGACCUCUCCACCCUUACGGGUGUGAGGGUGGCUGUCGUGUUGGAGUCCGAAAAUGAGAGGUUUUCCUCUUUCGGUACCCCAGAUGCGAACCCUAUUGUUGAUGCUUUCCUUUCAGGGGGUGUGCCAACAGAGUCUGAUACUAGUGAAGAACAGAAAGCCAAAAUCACCAACUUACAGAAUGAGUUGUUCCAGCUAGAGAAAGACAAGGCCAUGGCGGACAAGAAGCAGAAGGAGAACAUGGUGCGGAUCAAGGAGGUCCAGGAGACUUCAAGGACGGCCAAGUAUGCUUAUGGUAAGGAAGAGGAUCUUGAUGCCACCGAGCUUUAUGAGAUGUACCGUAAGCUCACAUGGGUCAUGCAAGAGAUUAAGGAUUAUUGCUCGCCUUCCCUACUCCGUGAUAACCAUGUGGAGGCUGGGGAUCGCCUGAGAGAUCCAUCACUGUUGCAGCCCAGGUGGUGGCGUUCACUAGCUUCACAGUGUGCGCCGCCGCCGAAUUAUUCUCCAUUGUCCCUGUCACAAGCAUCCUUCCAACAGCAUCCAUGGUCAUCCACAUCUCAUCCAGUGCUAGCAAGGUCAGGCUCCUCGCUUCCAAACCCGCUGAUGCUUCCAUCACAGCAGCACCCUCUAGCUCCACGUACUCCUUCUUCCAUCCUGAGACUCCAAGCACCACCGCCUAAGGAAGCCUACCCUUACAACUAUCAUAUCCAUGGGCUGGGCAUCAAUGGUAACAACUCACACCCGUUCUCAUUGUUUCCUGUAUCGUCUUCACCACCUCAACCAUCGUCACUGCAAACUCCACCAUCAAAUGGCUCAUCGCCUCCAUUGUUGUCACCACAGCUUUCAUCCCCACCACACCUUGAUGAAUCCCUAGAGUUUUCUUUCAACCCGCAGAAUUACAACUUUGUGCAGCCACCUCACAACUAUGCAAAUGCUAGCUCGCCCUUGAUUCCCUCUCAUCAGCCAUUCUACAGCAGCUCACUUGGACUGAAUGAUGACUUGGAAAACACUGUUGGUAAUGGAGGGCAAACCUGUGGUGGUCAUGGCAAGGGGUUUGAUUUAUCUACUACCCAACAAGGUCAUGGUGGGGCUGGAGUUAUGCUUGAGUCUUCUGCAGCUGGAGAAAGCUCUGGUGCUGGUAAUACAGGAAGCAAUCUUGGUGACUUCAACUUCCCUUGCUACUAG